AUGACCCGACGGUCGGCCGCCACUACCAUCACCUGGCCAUUUUGGUCCAGCCCCGUUCCUCCUCGCCUGACACAAGUUUCGACGCCGAUGUGUCCAGGUUUCUCUACUACACCAACUCUCUCGUCGUCAAAACCCCGUUUUACGCCGCGCGGAAGUCCGUGCUGA